AUGCGCAUCGGACGCAAGAUCGCCGUGUGUAUCAUCCUAUGUCUAGGUGGGGUUCCCCACAGCGCAACCGCCGUCGGAGUCUGGCGCAUCGUAGUCAUCGCCGAAUUCUACUUCAACACACGAGCCUCAGACUCAACAUACCCCAUCGGAUUCUGCAGCUCGGCAAUCGAAACAAACCUCGCGGUGAUAACAGCGUCCGGUCCAUCUAUGAAAGCCAUAGGCAGCCGGGUUUUCCCCAAAUUUCUCGGCAGCCCACGCGAUAAAUCCACUUCCGGCGCCGGCAUCGGCUCCUGCAGACUCCGCUCGAAUAUCUUCUCCAAGGCUCUCACACAUGCGCCAUCGUUAUACUCCCGCGAUUACAAAAUGAUAGAUCCGCUCCAUGAGCCUCUAAGUUCGAAAUACCCUUUGCCAAUAGCCUUCUUGAAGAAGAAAGGUAUCAAAACGGGCCGAGGAUGUACCCCAAUUGGGGAGGACUGGGGUGUGGGGAAGAGGAGGGGUCACAGGACUAUAAGCGAUGUUUCCUCAUAUAAAACACUUGCAGAAUUCAACUUGAUCAUAUUUCAAACACCUUACGCAAAUAUGGCCCACUAUCAACUACCAUUCAAGUUAUCGGAUCCCACUCUACUGAAACUCGACUCUGUCGUCGGCGACAAAUGGGUCGGUGCAAAGAGCGGAAAGCGAUUUGAAGUGCUCGACCCCGGCACUGACAAGGCAUGGGCCAGCUGCCCCGCCAACGCCGCCGAAGAUGUCUCCGCCGCCGUUGAAAACGCCCACACAGCCUUCGAGAAAUUCCGCAAAGUCAACCCCCGCCAGCGCGCAAAGUGGCUGUUGGAAUGGCACAAUCUGACGGUCGCAGCCCGGGAUGACCUCGCCCAGAUCGUAACCCACGAAACCGGAAAACCACUGGCAGAAGCAUACGGUGAGAUCGACUACUCUCUCGGUUUCCUCUGGUGGUUCGCCGGUGAAGCAGAGCGUAUUCAGGGCAGUGUGUCAACAGCUGCGGCGCCAAACCGUCGCGUGUUCACCAUUAAACAGCCGAUCGGUGUAGCAGCCGCCCUCGUCCCAUGGAACUUCCCUAUUGCCAUGGUUCUCCGAAAAGUCGGUGCUGCGAUGGCGGCUGGAUGCACGAUGGUCGUUAAGCCUAGUCCCGAGACGCCAAUUUCGGCGCUCGUGCUGGCGGAGCUGGCGCAUCGUGCUGGUAUCCCGGCUGGUGUGCUGAAUGUGCUUACGACGGAUUUGGAGAACACACCGGCGUUGAGCGAGGCAUUGUGUAAGCACCCGCUUGUGAAGAAGGUGACGUUCACGGGCUCGACGCGGGUUGGUAAAUUGGUCGCGGAACACUGUGCCCAUGGACUUAAGAAAUUGACUCUCGAGCUUGGUGGAAAUUGUCCUUUCCUUGUUUUCGACGAUGCAAAUCUCGAUCAGGCGGUUGACCAGCUCAUGUCGCUGAAAUGGCGUCAUGCCGGUCAGGCUUGUAUUACCGCCAACCGAAUCUACGUCCAGGCUGGGGUUUAUGAUCGCUUUGCUGCGCUUCUGAAGGAGCGCACGUCUGCGCUGGUUGUUGGUCACGGCGCGGUGGCUGAUACCACGAUGGGACCUUUGACCACGCCGAGGAGUAUUGAGAAGGCCUCUACGCAGGUUGAGGAUGCUCGUCGCCUCGGUGCUGAUGUUAUUUUGGGUGGUAAUCCUGUCAAGUCGCAGCCGGGGUACUUCUUCGAGCCUACUAUUUUGUCUGGGAUGACGGAGGAGAUGCUCAUCUCGCAGGAAGAAUCGUUUGCGCCUAUUGCUGCGCUGUAUCGGUUCGAGACUGAGGAUGAGGCUGUCAAGGUGGCUAACGAUACUAGUAUGGGUCUGGCCAGUUAUGCUUUCACCAAGAAUAUCGAUCGCAUGUGGCGUCUCUUGGAGAACUUGGAGGCGGGUAUGAUCGGAAUGAAUACAGGCAACUCAUCCGCUGCCGAGUCACCCUUUGGUGGUAUCAAGGAGUCUGGAUAUGGCAAAGAGAGUGGAAAGGAUGUGGCUGUCAAUGAAUCUUUUCAAUAUCAGAUUUUCUUCACUACAAUAAGCUUCAUUAUUCUCAUCAUGGACAAUCUCACCCCUCUACAACACUUGAUUCAGUCUCACCCACUGAUCGACAACCAUGCCCAUAACCUCCUGAACCGCGAGUCAGCCACCGACCACGACAAUUACCCAAUCGAGGCCAUCACCACCUCAGCACACGGUCGCGCCCUAGAAAAUGCGCACACCACCCUCCCCUCACUGCGGGCCAUAACUCAGCUCUCCGAGCUCUACGGUACCCCCUGCGCAAACUGGACCGACAUUAAAUCCGCCCACGAUCAAAGCGCGCGCGAAGACUACGACGGCCUCAUCCGAAAGUCUCUGGAAGGCACGCACGCACUACUACUCGAUGACUACCUCAGCGACGACGAAGACAUCGAACCUUCCAGCUGGCACGAUAGCUUCACCGUCUCCACGACAAAGCGCAUCGUGCAGGUCGAAGCUCUAGCAGAAUCUACAGUCCUGGAUGUGUCGAACGCGCGCAAGAACGGCGAAUCGGUCUGGAACAAUUUCCGACAGCGAUUCCAGGACGCUCUCGCAUCCGCCCUGGACGAUCCCAACGUCGUGGCUUUUAAAUCGGAGAUCUGCUGUCGGACCGGAUUGGAUGUUGAUCCGUAUUCCUCCGAUGAUACCACGCUAGGCGGAUCAUUGAUUCGCAUUCUCGAUUCUGGAACCACCAGGUCCGGCUUCGAGGUCGAUGAUAAGGGCAUCUGUGACUGGAUAGUCCAGCAGACGCUGAAAGCGAUCACGUUUAAGAAGAAGGCUGGUGUUUCGAAACCGUUGCUAUUCCACACUGGCCUUGGAGAUAAUCGGGUUAAUCUUUCGCGGGCUAAUCCUGCUUGUCUGCAGCCCUUAAUCGCACAGUAUGCGGAUGCGGAUGUUGUGCUGUUGCAUGCGGGAUAUCCCUAUACGCGCGAGGCCGGGUAUCUGGCUUCUGUCUAUCCCAAUGUCUAUGUUGAUCUCGGCAAGGUCUUCCCCAUGGUUAGCCGAGAAGCACAGGUGAAGGCUCUGAGAGAGAGUUUGGAGCUUGCGCCUACCAAGCGUCUACUCUGGAGUACCGAUGGCCGGCUUCACCCGGAGACGUUCUGGUUAGCUAACCGGCAAUUCCGGCAGGCUCUUGAGACGGCACUUGUUGAUUAUGUUCAACAUGGGGACUUCACCGCGCCCCAGGCCAUGCAGAUAGCUACCGAUGUUCUGUUCAACAACUCCAAUCACCUUUACAGCCUCAACUUGACUGCUUCAUACGCACCUGCAGAAUAG